AGAGAGCAAGAGAGAAUACUGUGAGAAACAUGUCUGUAGCUGAGUGUUUUCAGUAGAGAACAGAACUCUCUAGCUGAGUGUUUUCAGUAGAGAACAGAACUCUGUAGCUGAGUGUUUUCAGUAGAGAACAGAACUCUCUAGCUGAGUGUUUUCAGUAGAGAACAGAACUCUCUAGCUGAGUGUUUUCAGUAGAGAACAGAACUCUCUAGCUGAGUGUUUUCAGUAGAGAACAGAACUCUCUAGCUGAGUGUUUUCAGUAGAGAACAGAACUCUCUAGCUGAGUGUUUUCAGUAGAGAACAGAACUCUCUAGCUGAGUGUUUUCAGUAGAGAACAGAACUCUCUAGCUGAGUGUUUUCAGUAGAGAACAGAACUCUCUAGCUGAGUGUUUUCAGAGAACCAGGAUGUCUACGUCGAACCAGCCAUGGCACCAUGGUAAUAUCACCCGAUCUAAGGCUGAGGAUCUGCUCUCCAAAGCAGCUAGGGAUGGGAGCUUCCUCCUCCGGGACAGUGAGUCCAUACAGGGUGCCUAUGCCCUCUGUGUUCUGUACCAGAACUGUGUGUAUACCUACAGGAUCCUACCCAAUGAGGAGAGGAAGCUCUCUGUCCAGGCCUCUGAGGGUGUCCCUAUCCGGUUCUUCUCUGUGCUUGCUGACCUGGUGGAGACGUACUACAGUCCCAACAUGGGUCUGGCUACACACCUGCAGUUCCCUGUUCAGAAAGAAGAGGAGCCAGAGGAGGAGCCAGAUCCAGUUAAAUACCCGCCUCAGCUACCACCCAGGAACUUCUCAGGAGGUCUGUCAGCCAAUGGCAGUAAAGAGACCCUCGGGGGAGAGUCACAGACUUCAGAGCUAGCCUGUGCUUCCCUGAGAGACACGUACCUACAGAGGCUGCAACAUUUGGACAUGUCUAACCUGCCAGAAGAGCACCAACAAUCCAUCCAGGAAUACUUCCACACGUCACUCCGUCUCGAUGCUGAGCAAGCCCAGAAUGGGAAUCCCAACCUUCCCCAUCUGAAAAAGCUCACUAUGGGAAUUUGCAAACAUCUUAACAGUGAGAUCUCCCGUACCCUGCCCACUCUGGAGGCUUUUCAGAGGCUUCUAGACCAACAGCUGUCCCCAGUGGUCGGCCGAAUGAGAAGUCAGGUGGGUUGUUUGUUAUAA